GGGGAAUCCUGUUGUGUCUGUUUGUUUGUGUGCCCCAGGGCCCCUUCACAUUUGUCAGAAGCGGGCCCCCGGAAGAGUGCCAGCUGAGACAACGGUAGUUGGCCUUCGGGGGGCUCCUUCGUCGCCACGGCUGGAUGCAGUUCGGAAUGCUGGUGCGCUUAUGCCCUGGAGGGGAUCCAGGGGCCGAUUUUGAGCUGCCGUCGUCUCAACUUGCCCUGCUCCCACCACUUGCGCAACGGAAAAAAAACGGGGUCGACUGCGCCGACAUUCGCCUCCACGCGGUGUGCCACGCUGAUGGCCCGCGUAAGGCUUGACGUCAGGUCGCUAAUUACGUCGAUUCAGGUAAGAACCGAUUCCUUUCGUAGCUUGUUUGGAAGCUUCACCCCUUCGGGUCAACUCGGCGCUGGGGUAUCGAACACCCCUGCAGAGGUAGGCUUGGCUGCAGACAUCCUUCGAAUGCUGAUCCCCCGCCGGGGUUUCAGGAACCUGACCCGCAGGGGCGUGGCUCAUGUGUUUGUCGACCUGAGAUCUGACGUCGUGAAAAAACACGGCGCCCUCAAUUUGUGACGACCAGAGCGGUUGACCAUGUCUUUUUGCAUGGUUUUCCCCAGCCGGAUUGAUCCGCGAGGAUCACGCGGCCCGCAGUGCUGCGAGACCACCCGUCGUGAUUUUUCCACGACGCUCGGAUGUGAUGUCCAGGUUUCCAGACUCGACAAGGAGGCGGCCGCCUUCUUGGCAGAGAUGAUGGUCCUCCCCAUGGAGGUCGCCGUGCGCAGCCUGGAGGCCGCUGGCGGCGACGUCGACGCCGCGGUGGACGUGGCGCUCGCGGCGUCCCGGCGCCGGUUCUCGAGGUCGCUGGCGCUCUGCCCCGCGGCGGUCGUCGACCUGGAGGCCGACGACGAGGUCUCGCGCUGGGCUUGAACUGGCCCGCAGCAGGGCGCGCUGAGAUUGCCGGCCGUGCCAUCGUCCGCCUGGCGGCCGCCGCCCGCGCGCGGCCUGUGGCGCGGAUGGCGCGAACGGCAGUCAGGCAGUGCUGGGAGGGGUCACCACUGCAGGGCCGUGACGACGACCUCUCGUUUUUCGUGCCGCUGGGGAGCGGCCGGGGCGCCCGCGGCGCGAAG